AUGGCUUCCAUCCCCGUCAUCGUCAAGCACCAGGGUACCAAGUACGAGGUAGACCUCGACCCCGAAGCCACCGGAGAGACCUUCAAGUACCAGCUCUUCUCUCUUACCAACGUCGAACCCGAACGCCAAAAGAUCCUCAUCAAGGGAGGCCAGCUCAAGGAUGACACUCCUCUCUCAUCCCUCAAGGCCAAGCCUGGCCAGCAGUUUAUGAUGAUGGGUACUCCCUCUGGAGACGCCGCAUCUCAAGUUGACCGCCCCACCGAGAAGAUUCGUUUCCUUGAGGACAUGACUGAGGCUGAGGCCGCUCAAGUUUCUGGUGCUAGUCCCGCCGGUCUUCAGAACCUCGGCAACACCUGCUAUCUCAACUCUGCGCUUCAGACCCUCAAGAGCAUUCCCGAACUUGGAGACGCCCUGAACUCCUACUCCGACAGUGGCAGCGCCGGUCCUUCCUCCAGCCUAGGCAACCUCAGCGAGUUCGGUCUGGGUGGCCUCGGUUCAUCCACUGAUCUCACUGGUUCCCUCCGCGACCUCUACAAGCAGAUGGGCGAGACCCAGCAAGGCUUCCCUCCUCUCGUUUUCGUCAACGCUCUCCGCCAGAGCUUCCCUCAGUUCUCGCAAAAGUCAAAGGAUGGACACGGUUACGCACAGCAGGAUGCUGAAGAGGCUUGGUCCUCGAUUGUCCAGAUGCUUCGCCAGAAGCUGCAGCAGGACGGUUCCUCGUCGUCGUCUUCGGGUAACACUCGUGGCAACAACUGGGUUGACAAGUUUAUGGCCGGCACCACCGAAUCAGUUAUGACCUGUGACGAGUCCAGUGCCACCGAAGAGCCUGUCAAGUCGAGCGACGUCUUCUUCAAGCUCGACUGCAACAUCCGUGGCGACACCAACCACCUCCGCGAGGGUGUCAACAUUGCUUUGAACGAGACCAUCGAGAAGCGCUCGGAGUCGCUCGGCCGUGAGGCUACCUACACCAAGUCCUCCCGCAUUUCCCGUCUUCCCAAGUACAUGCCCGUUCACUUCGUUCGUUUCUUCUGGCGCAAGGAUACUCAAAAGAAGGCAAAGAUUAUGCGCAAGGUCACAUUCCCCAUGGAGCUUGACGCCGUCGAGUUCUGUACCGAGGAGCUGAAGAAGCAGCUCAUUCCCAUCCGCGAUCGCAUUCGUGAAGUCCGCAAGGAGCAAGAGGAUGUCGAGCGUGCCAAGAAGAGACAAAAGCGUAUGCAAAAGGAGCACGACGACCUGGCCGGCAACGCCUCCGAGCCCCUGGAGAAGCGCAAGGAGAAGGAAAAGGAGCGCGAGACCAAGGCCACUGGCCCCGACACCGAGGCCCAGCUCGCCAAGCAGAAGACUGUCGGUAUGAGUGCAUCAGGUGGUGACACCGAGAUGGGCGGUACCGAGACAUACAAGACCGACGCCGAGAUUGAGAGAGAGCGUGCUGAGAAGAUUCUCUCCAUGAGAAAGGACCUUCUCGCCCACGUCUCUCCUGAACUCGCCGCCGACGAGGCCGCCAACCAGACUGGUCUCUUCGAACUCCGCGCCGUCAUCACUCACCAAGGUUCUAGUGCUGACAGCGGUCAUUACACUUCAUACGUCAAAAAGACGGGCCGCAAGAACAUCGACGGCACUGUUGGAGAGGAGGAUGGCAAGUGGUGGUGGUUCAACGACGACAAGGUCAGCGAAGUCGAGGCUGACAAGGUCGAGACACUGUCCGGCGGUGGUGAGAGCCACUCUGCCCUCAUUCUUCUCUACAAGGCAGUCGAGCUUCCUUCCAAGAAGUCAAUCGAGGAGCAGGAAAAGGCUUUGGCAUAG